CUUUACUUGUAUUAGGUAACAAGUGCAUAAUACUACAGAUGGGCAAUAGCCUAGGUACGGAAGGAACAGCUGUCUGCAUAUAAACUUGAGAGUCAGAACUCAAGGUUUAGAGCGUGUACCAACUUCACCUACGUACCUUAGGUAGACUUUAGUUCCAACAUCUCAAGUUAGUUACAUGUAAAUCUUCAUUUACUUUAUACAGCCACAAUCUACGACGAGUACUACGGAGUUCCAAUUACAUUGCCUUCCAACAGGUCAUAAUCGAACGUGCAAAUGUCGAAUCCUUUAGUCUGCUACUCCUUGCGUAAGCGCCCAGUUUGGGCCUCCUUAGCCGAGGCGCUUCUACGGGGAGGCAACAGCACCAGGUGGAAAGAGGCUAAACUUGAUACCCACGAUGUGGCUCUCCCUUUACCGAAUCUUGGCGGUACACCACAAGGGAUUCUGCGGGCUAUUCUGCUGUCGCCGCCUGACGUUGGUAAGAUUGAAAGUCGAACCCGGAUCCAACGACUAUUUCACCUAAAUGGAGGGCAAGACAUCGCGAUCGUAUUCUUGCUUCAACAAGAGCAGGGCCAAGAAAGCCCUAUGACGGCGCUUAUGACGCUUCAGCUACUUCUUGUCGAUGAAUUUGAAAUACCUAUCAUCUUCGUUAAUUCAGUUCAGGACGUAUCGAUCAACUUGAUGGCAUUUCAUCGUCAAAUCAGUAUUAGCAACGGACCCCGAAGGACGGCGAACCCAGUUCAAACUCUCCUCCCGCAUUGCUCUGACGGACAACUUCUGUCUGGGCAUGCGGUUAAUGUCCUAACUGAUCUCACGUCCAGCUUUAGAGAUUUAGUAGAAGCGGCGUUGACGCAGGCAGGACAGAUGAAGAUGGCGGAAUUCUUAGGAAGUGACUCGCAAGGCAUUGCCUCCUUCUGGGCAAACGAAUAUCUGGUUGAAUGAUGGGUCCUUGUACGUCGGUGGUUUCCUCUGUCAAUACUGAUAUUGCAUUUCGGAUUGGCUACAGGAUCCAGCCCCUAACUGAGAUUGCUUAUAACGUAUGAGCUGGGUGGAUGCAGCGCGUUUGAAGAAACUAGCAGUGCCAUAUCGAAGCAGUGAGCUUCAAAGUGAGGCAUAGUGAGAGGGUUGGCG